AUGGCUGAACUUCCUCCACCCAACCCCAACCCUAACCUCGUUCCCAACCCUAGGCCCGUUCCUAGGUUGAUGAAAAACUUUGCAACCAAGGAUGCCCUUACCUUCGUCCGGGAUUUUUACGCGGUAGUCCAAAACUUUCCAUUGAAUGACCUGCCAGAAGAUAAACUAAGGAAGAGGUGUUUCCCGUACACUUUGAAAGAUGCAGCAAAACAAUGGUUCAUGUCUCUCACACCUGGAUCCCUUCGGACAUGGCCGGAGGUUUACAAUAAGUUCAUAGGUAAGUUUUAUUCUCAUGCUAAAACUUCUGAAUUACGGAGAAAAAUUACGAAUUUCUCGCAAGCUGAAGGCGAACCGUUCCAUGAGGCAUGGGAAAUGUUCAAAAUGUUGCUCAUUCAAUGCCCCCACCAUGGCUACCCAUUGGAGCUGCAAAAUCAAACUUUUUAUGAUGGUUUGACCCAAACCAGCCAAUCAAUUGUUGAUAAUGCGGCUGGAGGUUCCAUGGGAGAAAAAACUGCGGAGGAGACCUUAGCAUUGUAUGAAAUGCUAGGAGCGAACUCCCAACAAAAAAGCGUUUGCAAUAAACGGUCGGAGGCAGAUGAGAAACGGUUCCAACAAAAUGAGGCUUCACUUGCAAGAAAUGAGGUUUCCCUAAGAAAAUUGGAAGUUCAAGUGGGGCAACUCGCAGAAGCUAUGCAAGGCCAUGUGCCAGGUAAGUUACCUAGUCAACCUGAAGAAGCUAAAGUUUUGACUGUUUUAAGAAGUGGUAAAGUUAUUGAAAAAAGUGUGAAAGCAAAUACCACUUCUAAACCAGUUGAAAUAGUUGAAAAGUUGCAUGUUGAUGAUAAUAAUAAGGAUGAACCCCAACUGCAUAAAUCUGAUAAUCCUUAUGUGCCCCCUAAGUCUUAUGUUCCCCCAGUUCCAUUUCCUGGUAGAUUGCAAAAUUCAAAAUUUGAUAAAUCAUUUGCUGAAAUUUAUGAUUUGUUGUCAAAAGUGAACGUGAAUUUGCCUUUGUUAGACAUGAUUAAAAAUAUGACUGCUUAUGCUAAGUUUUUGAAAGAACUAAACACCAGAAAGCGUAGGUAUGCACAUAAUGAAAAAGUUUUCAUGUCUAAAACUGUGAGGGCAACUCCUGUCCGCCAACCUCAACGUAGGUUAAAUCCAAAUAUGAAGGAGGUUGUACGUGCAGAAGUCCUAAAGUUGCUUGACUCAGGUAUUAUUUACCCAAUUUCUGAUAGUAAGUGGGUAAGUCCAGUUCAUGUAGUGCCAAAAAAAUCUGGGAUCACUGUGGUUACUAAUGACAAAAAUGAAUUAAUCCCAACUAGAAUAGUAACGGGGUGGCGAAUGUGCAUAGAUUAUAGAAAAUUAAAUGUCGCCACUAAAAAAGAUCAUUUUCCUUUACCCUUUAUUGACCAAAUGUUAGAAAGAUUAGCUGGACAUGCUUAUUAUUGUUUCCUUGAUGGCUUUCAAGGUUAUUUUCAAAUUCCUAUUACACCUGAAGAUCAAGAAAAAACGACAUUUACAUGUCCUUUUGGCACUUUUGCUUAUCGCAGAAUGUCAUUUGGGUUAUGUAAUGCACCUGCGACUUUUCAAAGGUGUAUGAUGUCCAUAUUUUCUGAUAUGAUUGAAAGAUAUGUUGAAGUAUUUAUGGAUGAUUUUUCUCUGUUUGGUGAUUCUUUUGAUGAUUGCCUUGCUCAUUUAGCUUCUGUGCUUGAAAGAUGUGUUAAAAUGAACUUAACCCUGAGUUGGGAAAAAAGUAAUUUCAUGGUUAAAGAGGGCAUUGUUCUGGGGCAUAUAAUUUCUGACAGGGGCGUAGAGGUUGAUAAAGCUAAAAUUGAAGUUAUUUCUAAAUUACCGCCCCCCACAUCUGUGAAAGAAGUACGCAGUUUUCUUGGUCAUGCAGGUUUUUACAGGCGAUUCAUAAAAGAUUUUUCAAAAAUUUGCAGGCCUUUAUGCAACUUGCUGGGAAAAGAUGUUGUUUUCAAAUUUGAUGAUGAUUGCCUUUCCGCUUUUAAGUUUUUGAAAGAAAAAUUAACUGCGGCUCCCAUUCUUGCGGCACCUAAUUGGGAGUUUCCUUUUGAAAUAAUGUGUGAUGCAUCUAAUUAUGCUGUAGGUGCUGUGUUAGGACAGAGAAUUAAUAAAAUGCCUUAUGUGAUUCAUUAUGCAAGUAGAACUUUGGAUAGUGCUCAGGCUAACUAUACAACUACUGAAAAGGAGUUGUUGGCUAUAGUCUUUGCAUUAGAAAAAUUUCGUUCUUACUUAAUCGGUUCUAAGGUGAUUGUUUAUUCUGAUCAUUCUGCUCUGAAAUUUUUGUUGGCUAAAAAAGAUGCAAAACCUAGACUAAUAAGAUGGAUUUUGUUGUUGCAAGAAUUUGAUUUAACAAUCAAGGAUAAAAAAGGGUGCGAGAAUGUGGUAGCUGACCAUUUGUCUCGUUUACCCGAAGUAGCUAAUAAUUGUCAUGAUUUUAAUAUUCCUAUCAAUGACAGGUUUCCGGGUGAACAGUUGCUCUCCUUACAUAAUAAAGAGCCUUGGUAUGCAGAUAUUGUGAAUUAUUUAGUCUCGGGUCAAUUUCACCCAGGCUUAAAUUCACAAAGAAAACAACAUUUUCUCUCCAAAGCAAAACAUUUCUUUUGGGAUGAACCUUACUUGUUUAAAAUUUGUCCUGAUCAAAUAAUUAGAAGAUGUAUCCCUGAUCCACAAACCUCUGGCCAAGUCGAGGUGAGUAACAGACAAAUCAAGGGAAUUUUGGAAAAAACAGUGAAUCCUUCCCAGAAGGAUUGGGCCAUCAAGCUGAAUGAUGCGCUGUGGGCUUACAGAACAGCCUACAAAACCCCGAUUGGUAUGAGUCCGUACAGGUUAGUAUUUGGCAAGGCUUGUCAUUUACCAGUAGAGUUAGAACACAAAGCCUAUUGGGCUAUUAAAUUCCUAAAUUUUGAUUUGCAGAGAGCUGGUGGAAUAAGAAUAUUGCAUUUGAAUGAAUUAGAUGAAAUAAGGAAUGAAGCCUAUGAAAACUCAAAAAUCUAUAAAGAGAGAACUAAAGUUUAUCAUGAUAAGUUUAUUUUGAGGAAAAAUUUUGAACCUGGGAUGAAAGUUUUGUUAUUUAAUUCUCGUUUAAGAUUGUUCCCAGAUAAGUUAAAAUCUAGAUGGACAGGGCCUUUUGUGGUACGGGAGGUGUUUUCUCAUGGUGCCUGUGAGAUUGAAAAUCCAAAAACAGGUGAAAAAUUUAAGGUAAAUGGGCAAAGACUAAAGCAGUACCUUGAGGGUGACCCCUCAACCCAGAUUGUUGAACGGGUAGAGUUGCACGACUCUGAAUGCCCAUGUCUAGCUACUGACAAUAACUGA